AUGGAACGUCGUCUGGAUAAUCCCAUUCACCGUAUCCUCCAGCCGGUCGACCGAGAAUCGCUCCGCCACGCCCGGCACGUGUUGCAGUUCCGGCAAGGCGAGGACUACCUUGGAGAUCUCGGUGAGAAUCUCCCUCCUCGCCUCGGGCAUAGUGAAGAGGAAUCCGUUCUUCGCGUCGUGCAACGCGCAGAGCGGGUUGCAGAAGGCGUUCACGGCGAGCUUCUCCAGCUGGAUCUGGAGAACGUCCGUGUAGCUAGUUUGGAGAAGGUAGUUCGAUGGGAUGGUCGAGGAGGAGGAAGAGGAGGAGUCUACACCUAUCGCGUUUUCACGCGGCACGCAGCCGAUGGCCGUCGCCGCGAAUCCGGUAUGAGUGAUGUUGAAUGGGCAGUUGAGUGUCACGCCGUGGGAGAUGACGCCGAUGAGAUAGUUGGGACGGGUCUGCGGGUCUCUGAAGAGAUGCGCAUUGACUUUCUCGAUCAUGCCGGCGCCGUUCUGGAGGAAGAGGAUGUUGGACUAUGCUGCUCGAUACCAAAGGCCAUCAUCAUGCAAGGUCUCCAAGCUGUAGCCCGUCGAGCUGAUAUGCUCGCCUUCCAUGGUCUGCAGCAGUAUCCGACUGCCGUUUUUGCGGUACGAGUCCAGAAGGGAUCUCCGAUGCGCGAGAAGAGUGAUAGAUGGGCCAUUGGGGAUUUCAGACACCGAAUGGGCGGCAAACGUGCCGAUGCUGCCCAGUCCAAGUACAUGGACUCGACCUGGUCGGGAUUGUGUUUGCUGAGAGGAGGAAAGGGUGGUGAUUGA